AUGCCCAACACCACCAACUGUUUCAUGGUCGGCCCGGCGCCCUCCCAGGCGCUGGCUUUCCAGGAGCGGCUCUUCCAGCACGCCAACGCGCCGGCCGUCAUGCGGAAGACCCCCCAAAGGCAGGGCCCCUCUUUUCCUCGUGCCGUUACCGGUUGUGUUCGGAUCAAACUUGGACCCACCAUUGUUUUCCCCUACAGAAAAGACUACACUCAAGAGAUACAAAGAGUGGAACUGGACAGCAUCAUUCUCACCUGUCCUGAAACUUCAGACACUGGCGGGCUGCUGCUCGGGGGCAACGUGCAGAGGCGGGUGCAGAGCCGGCGGAGGCAGGCGUGCAGCUCGGCGUGCGACGGAGCCCAGCCCCUGCAGCCGGGCGGGUACUUCACGGUGUGCGGGAAGUGCAGCGCGCCCAGCGAGAACCACGGCAGUUGCCGGAACUGCGGGAACCCCCUGGCGUUCGGGAACCCCCUGGCGUGUGGGAACCCCCUGGCGUGCGCCGCCCCCCUGACGGAGCCCUGCCACCCGGCGCUGGCCCGGCCGCCCAUCCACCCGCCCCCCCCGGGACCGGACCCCCCGCACUUCUUCCAACCUUUUUACAGCCCCCCGCCCACCGUCAGAGCGCCCCAGGCCAACGGCGUCGCCGGCAGGCCCUGCCUCCUGUCGUCCAAUCCGCAGGGAGGGGGCGUGGCCAGCUUCGGCACGCCCGCGGACAAGGCCUUCAGGGGCAGGAGGCAGCCGGGGACCAGACAGGAAGCUGCCGACACCAUCGUGCUCUCCAGUGAUGAGGAGGAGGACGAGGAAGGCACAUGCAUCGCCAGCAGGAUAGACAGCAUCUCGCCUUGCCCGGCUGACUCCGCCCACUCCUCGCCGGUGCCCGCCGCGGGCCGCGUGGAGACGGCCAUGAAGGACGGCUCGGAGUGGGAGGACGUCACCAGCGACUACUUCACCGACAUCAACGCGCGGAUCACGGUGCCCAGGAAGACGCGCAUGAAGGACCCGUCCGGGAAGCACGUGCCGGAGAGCUGCAGCUUCAAGCGGAGAAAGGUGCUGCUGGUGAGCCCGGUCCACACCUGCGUGAGGAACCACGCGGUCAAGCCCGACAGCAUAGUGCUGGACUGCCGGAGCGUGCGGCUGGGGACGCUGCGCCGCAUGGUCACCAAACCCGUCAUCUUUUCGCCUGAAUGCUUCCACAUUGAAACUGAAGCUCCCAAAGUGGACGUGCUGGAGAAGGUGGAGCUGAGGGGGUCGGAGCUGACGGGCUGCGAGUGGUGCUGCGUCCGCAAGCUCCCCACCCUCUUCCUCCAGACCACCCCCGCCGAGUGCCUCCGCCUCCGCACCCAGCUCAACAUGUCCCGUGACAACGGAGGGGUUUGGUACGACUGCAAGAGCACAGAUCCAGACGAGACGCACAUCGUCCUGAUAUUCGAAAAGGGGCUGUCCAUACAGGAGGAGGUCCUGCUGGAAGAAAUACUGAAGGAAAUCGGAAAGGCCAACAAGCUUAAAGGUUUUCCUACCAGGCUCCCCUUCCAGGAGGCCAAUGCCAGGCUUGUGCGCUACAAUAACCAGGCUAGAGAGAAGAAGACGGGUCAGAAGUCCGUUCAGAAGACGGUCCAGAAGACCGCUCCUUCUAACGACCAGCACUGCGUCCGCGCACCCCCUCCGCCCUGCCCUCCGUCCCCCGUGCCUCAGCCAGCCGCCGAGCCCGCCACGCACACGCACACGCGCACGUCCACGCGCCUCGCCCCCGCCACACACUGCUGCCUUGACGACCAGGACGAGGACUCGACGGAGCUCCCCCCUGCCUUCACCGGGCCGGUGGAAAAAAUAAUGGUGUACCCCCCACCUCCAGCCAAAGGGGGAAUAGUUGUGACGAACGAGGACCUCCACUGCCUCAACACAGGAGAGUUCCUGAACGACGUCAUCAUCGACUUUUAUUUAAAGUAUUUCGUUUUGGAGAAGUUGAGAAAAGAAGACGCUCAUAGGAUUCACGUGUUCAGUUCCUUCUUUUACAAGCGACUGAACCAGAGGGAGAGGAAGAGCGGAUCGGACUGUAGCCAUUUACCGAUGCAGAAGAAGAAGCACAAUAGGGUGAAAACGUGGACGCGUCACGUGGAUCUUUUUCAGAAGGACUUCAUUUUCGUUCCCAUUAACGAGUCGGCUCAUUGGUUCCUGGCUGUUAUCUGCUUUCCUGGUCUGGACGGGCCCCGGUUUGAGCCCAACCCCCUGUAUCAGGUACCGGGGUCUGUCCCAGCACACUGCUCCCUGGCCCAUCAGCAGCUGAGCGGGAUGGGGUGGGGGCAGUCGACAGGGUAUUCGGAGAGGCCCUACCCCGGCAUGCCCACCCCCCACUGCCUCAGGGCCCCCUGCUUCAACCCCAUGGGCGCCUACGCUGAGCCUUCCAUGUCCUGGGACUGUGGCAGGGAGGACAUGGUGCCUAUCGGAAGCCACAUGGAUGGUUUGCACAGACUCGCAAUGUGUGAGAGCAGCGCUCGCGAUGCGUACCAGUUCCCUGAUGACCAAAGCUCGUGCGAGGACGACAGCAGUGAGGAUGGAAUGCUGGACAUCGGUGGCCCGGACGGUUCCAGAAACGCGGAAUGGACCUCGAGACCCACCAUCUGUAAACAGCCCUGUAUUCUCAUUAUGGACUCAUUGCGAGGACCUGGAAGGUCCACUGUGGUCAAGACGCUACGAGAGUACCUGGAGGUGGAGUGGGAGGUGAGGAAGGGGACCCGGAGGAGUUUUGGGAAGGAGGUGAUGAGGGGCUCCAGCCCCCGUGUCCCGCAGCAGGACAAUUUCAGCGACUGCGGGGUCUACGUCCUGCAGUACGUAGAGAGCUUCUUCGAGAACCCCAUCCCCAGCUUCCAUCUGCCCAUGAACCUGAUGGAGUGGUUUCCACAGCAACGGAUGAAGAGGAAGCGGGAAGACGUGAAAGAGCUGAUCCUGCUGAUCCAGAGCCUGCAGCAAACGGACCCGCUGUGUCAGGGACACUACCUGAGCGCUGAUCCAGGAUCAGUAGCCAACUAUUCCACAGGACCGUGGGCCCCCUGGGGACUCUGAUGAUCCACCAUCGGCUGGAGAGAGACCCACGGGGGGCGGGGGCGGGGGAGCGCGGGGAACACUGAUCCGGGGUCAGCCGCCCGGCACCUGGUCUGCAGAACCUCAGCGCGGGCUAACGGGACUUUUACUCCCGCGUCGCGUUCCUGAGCCGGCCACCAGUAGGCACGGUCCGGUCCGGUCCGGUCUGGUCCAGUCCGGUCCGGCCGCAGAACCGGCCGACGCCUACGAAGGUUCUUAACUGCUGGAUUCAUCUUGUUCUUUGUUUCUUUAAGUAAAAAAAGGCAAUGUUUUGUUUCCUCCCUGUGGCCUGGGAGAACAUGUGAAGCUGUAGUUAAUAAAGUAUGUACAUAUGUUGGA